AAGUGUUGCGCGACUCGCCGUAAGAGGCGUUGUCGCAGCACACCCGGAAGUCUGCUGGUUGUGACGCUGUCAGGCCAGUUCCCGUGAUGAGUACCGGGGCCUUAACGCUCGAGCUGUUCGUGGUGCUGCUCACCGUGUCCGCCCGCCAGGUCCGGGGUUCCCUGCGCAAUGUCACCGGGGAUAUCAUGGGUACCGAUACCGCCGGCAAGGUGGCUGCAUUCGGGGACUUCAACGCGGACAAGCAGACCGACAUGUUUCUCAUCCGCAAUGGAAACGAGCUCCGAAUCCUUUUGGCGGAUGUAAAGUCCACCCCGUACUUUAACCCAAAGGUCAAGCUGCCACUGAGUGAAGACAUCGUUAUAACCAGCGUGGUUCCUGGAGACUACAAUGGGGACUCUCAGAUGGAUGUCCUUCUGACCACUGUUCCCAAAGGUCAGGCUGGCUCCCCACUGUCUGCCGUCAUCUACUGGGGACAGAACCAAACCCUGAAUAUCAAUAAUAAAACGCACUUAAGCAAAACAUACUUGGAUGAGCCGCUAAUCAUGGACUUUAACGGAGAUCUGAUUCCUGAUAUAUUUGGUGUCCCCAGCGGAAGCAAGAUACCUCUAAUAAUCCACGGCGGGGAUUUAUCGGCAAAUUCCACUCUGGACACUAAAAGAGAGAUGUUUAAUCCUCACUCGCAUGCCUUUAUUGAUCUGAAUGGGGAUUUUACUGCUGAUUUGUUUCUCACGUCUGUGUCCGAGUCAAAGGAGCAUCAGUUUGAAACGUGGACAAAUGAGGGCGGUAACUUCACAGAACCCAAAUCCACCAUACCGAAGCCAAAAGAUGUGAAGGUGGUCGGGCAGGCGGUCUUUGCAGAUUUCGAUGGAGAUGGGCUUCAGGAUCUCCUGCUACCAGCAUGCGCAGAUGAAAAAUGCUUCAAAAGCGCAAUCUACCUGUGGAAGAGUGGACAGUGGGUCCCGGUGCUGCAGGAUUUUAGGAAUCAGAACACCGUUUGGGGAUUUGUUCCGCCAACUGCUCCCACGGCUCUGCCAAUUACCCUUCACAUUGGGGAUUAUAAUAUGGACGGUUACCCUGAUGCCCUGGCCAUAUUACGAGAUACAUCAGGAAGCGAUCAGCAAGCUUUCCUUCUUGAGAACGUCUUGUGUAAAAAUACAACCUGCUCCAGGAUCUUUGAAGUCCACUGGGAGAUUUCUGAUCUAAAUCAAAUUAAAGAUGCUGUCGUCGCCACCUUCUUUGACUUCUACGAAGACGGAAUCUUGGAUAUCAUUGUGCUGGGUAAGGGCUCUUCACCGGAGAAUUUUGCCAUCCAUGUCUUCUUGAAUAACUUUGAAGCGGAUGCCUAUUUUGUGAAAGUCAUUGUGCUCAGCGGAUUCUGCUCCAAUGACUGCCCACACCAGGUUAAGCCAUUUGGUGUAAAUCAGCCCGGACCUUACAUCAUGUACACGACUGUGGACGCAAACGGAUACCUGAAGAACGCAUCCGUCGGCCAGCUCAGCCAGUCUGCCCAUUUGGCGCUCCAGCUCCCGUACAACGUCCUCGGCCUGGGGAGGAGCGCCAACUUCCUCGAUCAUCUCUUUGUGGGGAUUCCGCGGCCGCUCGGGGAGAAGCAAAUUCGGAAGCAAGAAUGGACUGCGAUCAUCCCCAAUUCCCAGCUCAUCGUUAUCCCGUACCCCCAUCACACCCCAAAAAGCUGGAGUGCCAAGCUCUACCUCACCCCCAGUAACAUCGUCUUACUGACGGCCAUCGCGCUCAUCGGUGUUUGCGUUUUCAUCCUGGCCAUAAUUGGCAUCCUGCACUGGCAGGAGAAGAAAGCAGACGACAGGGAGAAGAGACAAGAGGCCCAUCGCUUCCACUUUGACGCCAUGUGAAAUGGCUUAUUAACCCUUUGUCUGGCCGUUCUCGUCACAGCGGAAAGGGUUAAAGCAAGGAGACUUGUCAUAGGACGUGCGAAUCUUUGAGCUGGGGUGUGAGGGAAGGUCAAGCCGCAGCAGACGGGACGGCGUUCGCUGUAUAUUUUGCAUUAUGUGUUAAUUUAUUGGUGCAGAUUACUAAAACCACAAGACUUGGGAUCUGUGGAAAAAUGAAACCCAGGAUUGGGGUCCUGUAAAUUUUGGGAGGUGUAUCUUUCUUUAUGCUGCGGGUUAAAUUGUCUGGAUGUUGUAUUUAAAGCUUAAUAAUAAUGUUGUUUUUAAGGAUCUGUGAUCCAGUUGGAGCCCACCAGCCCCGACUUGAUUAUUCUGCAUGUACACAGACGGUGGCGUUGUUUAUAAAUGAUAUUUAUAUGUAUUCAUCGGAUCGGCGGUGGAGCGUCUCGCUUCUCCACUGGUUUCAUGCACUAUAGCAGUAAGAAUAAAGGACCGAAGUAAAAGGCCAGUGCAGAGCAGGAUGCACGGACCGGUCGAUGUCCUGUCUGGCAGCUCAUCACCCGUAUAGACUACUUAUCCAUUUCAUGUGUAACUGCUCGCCCCACUGGGCUCUUACCACAUGGCUAUGCUGAGUUACUGGGUCCAUCCAGAAGCCAGCAGCACCCGGUGCAUGGACAGCUCUUGCCAUCGCCUUUUGCCAGCCUGGAGCUGGGAAAGUCGAUUCCCGCCGUACACAGAAUGUGCGGCCGCUGACGCUCCCCAGACUGCAUCGCAUCGUGUCCUGUGAUUCUGUGCCUGUUGUCCAGUACACUGUAAUAAACUGAAUGUUGGUAAAUCCCAAUAAAUGUCCCUUCCUAGAA